AGUUAAUUAUAUUAAAACUUCUGGCUAUAACUGUACAUUAAAUGGAGCACUGUGGAAUAUUCUGCUUGGGUUAACACAUGUAGUUAAGCAGCAAACAGGAUGGACACUGAUAACAGGUCCUUGGACAGUGCUCUCUUCUGAUAAGGUUGGAUCCGGGGUACAUUCUAUUUACCAUGACAGGCACAAUAACAUUCCUUUUCAACAGGAAAAACAUUUCACUACAUUUGAACUCAUGACUUAUUAAAAGAAUGUUAGUUAAAAGUAUGUUUUGAUGGAUUUUCAGAAGAACAGGCUAGUCCAUUCAACAAGGCCCGAGGAGAAUGAAUGUGACCUGCAGGUUUGAUGUGGGAGAAUCUUAGUUUUACUAAACAGAAAGAAAAAGGGAACUACAGAAGAUAAACUAAGAUGCAACAGAAGACACCAUUUGUAUCACACCAAGUCAUUUUGGGAACCAUUUUUUUCUGCAUUCUUUUGUGGUUCAUUAGAGAUGGUCUGAGAGUAAAAGAUGUUGAGCAGAAGCAUGUCUUUGUCACGGGAUGUGAUACCGGUUUUGGAAACCUGCUGGCAAGGCAGCUUGACCAGAGAGGGUUCAAUGUCAUAGCCUCGUGUCUGACAGACAAGGGAGGACAAGAUCUACAAGCAGCAAGCUCCCCCAAACUGAAGACAAUCCUGCUCAAUGUUACAGACAGCCAAAGCAUUGAGAAAGCUGUGCGGUUUGUACAGGCUGAGGUUGGAGAUAAAGGUCUCUGGGGCCUGGUGAACAAUGCUGGAAGAGCUACACCAAUUGGACCAACAGAAUGGAUGGAAAAGGAAGAUUUUAAUAAAGUUCUUGAUGUUAAUCUCAUAGGACUGAUUGAGAUCACCCUGAAGUUCCUUCCACUGAUAAAGAAAGCCAGAGGCCGGGUUGUGAAUGUUGCCAGUGUAAUGGGCAGGUUGGCCUUUGUUGGUGGAGGUUACUGUUUAUCUAAGUGGGGCGUGGAGUCUUUCUCAGACAGCUUGAGGAGGGACAUGCAGUAUUUUGGUAUCAAAGUCAGUAUAAUUGAGCCUGGCUUCUUUAAGACUGGUGUUACAAGUUUAGCAGUAAUAGAGAAGGACCUGCAAAGACUUUGGGACCGCCUCUCUCCCGAGGUCAGGGACUCCUAUGGAGUACAAUAUUUUGACAAGUAUCUGAAAGCUCAGAGUCUCUCGAUGAACACUAUUUGCAGCUCUGAUAUCUCGAAGGUCACAAACUGCAUGGAGCACGCCUUGAUAGCAAAGUACCCCAGGACUCGCUAUGGAGCAGGAUGGGAUGCGAAGUUCUUCUGGCUGCCUCUCUCCUAUGUGCCAUCAUUCAUAGCAGAUUUCAUGUUAAGUGCCCUUCUGCCAACUCCUGACGCCAGCAGGCAAGAGCUUUGCUGGUGUUGAAAACGGAGAGGGUUCAGGAGCAGAGGCUUCUUCCUCAGGACCUCCCACGUUCUGAUCACUCUGCAUCUAGCACAAAAAGAGAGUGUCAACAUAUUUCAUACCUAAAAAAAGCAUAUUUUAUUACAUCUUAGCCCAUGGCAGCCAAAAGAUACCAAAAAAACACCCUUCGAAUACAGUUGAGGCAUCAUCAGUCCCUAAUGGGUUCUACAAAGAAAAGUGUAUUGUCAUACAACUCUUUUUAUUUUAUAUGAACUGCUAAAAUAAUGUAUUAAUAUUAAUUUGAAUUCAUACCAUUCUUUAUUAUAUUUUAACUAAUAAUAUCUAUGCAUAAUUUAACUAUAUAGGUAUCAUCUAUGUCUUGACAAAUUAAAACAUGUUUUUUUCUUCAAA